CUCCUCCCAGGCACGCGGGCUGCUACGCUGCUCCUCGGCUCGUGCGCUGAUUGUUGUGGCUCCUCGUCAUCCGGAUAAAGUUCUGCUAACCCCGUCGGCUCGCCUUGUUCCACCCCAGAACCACCGAACCAAUGGCCGACACCCAGGAGGACAAGCUGUACCGGGCCGAGUACGCCAAGAGCGGCCGGGCUUCGUGCAAGAAGUGCAAAGAAAACAUCGCCAAAGACUCCCUGAGGAUGGCCAUCAUGGUGCAGUCGCCCAUGUUCGAUGGGAAGGUCCCCCACUGGCACCACUUCUCCUGCUUCUGGCAGCGAGCAGCAGCUCAGUCUACCGCCGACAUCGCUGGAUAUUCUGACCUCCGCUGGGACGACCAGGAAAAGGUCAAGAAGGCCAUUGAAAGCGGUGGAGCUACAGGAGGAAAUAGAGACCAGAAGGGUGGAGCCAAAGGAGAGAAGACGCUGAAUGACUUUGCGGUGGAAUAUGCCAAGUCCAACCGCAGCACAUGCAAAGGCUGCGAGCAGAAAAUAGAAAAGGAUCAGAUUCGUGUGUCCAAGAAAACCGUGGACCCAGAGAAGCCCCAGCUGGGUCUGAUCGACCGCUGGUACCACACGGCGUGCUUCGUGAGCCGCAGGGAGGAGCUGGUCUUCAGGCCGGAGGACAGCGCCGCUCAGCUGAAGGGAUUCAAUGCGCUGCGGGCAGAAGACAAGGAGGAGCUGAAGAAGAGGCUCCCUGCUGUCAAAUCUGAAGGGAAGCGUAAAGGAGAUGAAGUAGAUGGAGUCUCAAAGAAACAGAAGAAAGAGGAAGAAGAUGAGAAGAAGAAGCUUGAAGAGCAGCUGAAGAGUCAAAGCCAGCUGAUUUGGGGAAUCAAGGACAAACUGCGGAAAAAUUGUUCAACCAACGACAUGAAGGAGCUGCUGAUUGCAAACAGACAGGAAGUUCCCUCCGGCGAAUCCAAUGUGGUCGACAGCCUGGCAGACGGUAUGGCUUUCGGUGCUCUGGAGCCCUGUAAGGAGUGCCAGGGCCAGCUGGUGUUUAAGGGUGACGCUUAUUACUGCAAAGGGGACAUUUCAGCCUGGACGAAGUGUGUGUUCAAAACCACAACACCAAUACGCAAAGACUGGAUCAUCCCCAAGGAAUUCCACGAAGUCCCUUUUUUGAAAAAAUUCAAGUUCAAGCGACAGGACAGACUUUAUCCCAAGGAGGCUCCCACCAAACCUCUGACAGCGGCCAAAGCCGAACCUCUGGCGAGUGCAUCGAGUGCGCCGACCGAGCGGCUGCCAGAGGGAGCACCUUCAGACAAACCUCUUACUGGUAUGAAACUACUGGCUGUGGGCAAACUGAGCAAGAACAAAGAUGAUCUGAAGGCUGCUGUGGAGGAGCUCGGUGGAAAGAUCACCGGCACAGCCAAUAAGGCGUCUUUGUGCCUCAGCACCAAGAAGGAGGUGGAGAAGAUGAGCAAGAAGAUGGAGGAGGUGCGAGACGCCGCUGUGCGUGUGGUCUCCGAGGAUUUCCUCACCGACGUCAAGUCAUCAGGCAAAGCUCUCCAGGAGCUGGUCUCCCUGCACGCCAUCUCACCCUGGGGUGCAGAGGUCAAAGUCGAGGCUCCGGCUCCGUCCACGGCCUCCAAGUCUGGAGCGCCGGCUGCCAAGAGCACAGGCAGGGUGAAGGAGGAGGAAGGUGGAAGCAAAUCCAAAAAGAUGAAACUGACAGUCAAAGGUGGAGCUGCUGUGGAUCCAGACUCAGGUCUGGAGAACAGUGCCCAUGUCCUGGAGCAGAAUGGGAAGAUGUACAGCGCUACGUUGGGUCUUGUGGACAUUGUCAGAGGAACUAACUCCUACUAUAAGCUGCAGCUGCUGGAGGAUGAUGUACAGAAACGGUACUGGGUGUUCAGGUCAUGGGGCAGAGUAGGCACCACCAUCGGAGGCAACAAGAUAGACAAAUUCCACGAUAAGAACUCUGCCCUGGAUAACUUCCUGUGUGUUUACAAGGAGAAGACGGGCAACGGCUGGGACUGCUCCAACUUCAUCAAAUAUCCCAAUAAGUUCUACCCACUGGAGAUUGACUACGGACAGGAUGAAGAGGCAGUGAAGAGGCUGACGGCCACCGCUGGCACCAAGUCAAAGCUGGAAAAGCCUGUCCAGGAGCUAAUCAAGAUGAUCUUUGAUGUGGAGAGCAUGAAGAAAGCCAUGGUGGAGUUUGAGAUUGACCUCCAGAAGAUGCCUCUCGGCAAACUGAGUAAGAGGCAAAUCCAGAGUGCCUAUGCUCUCCUCACUCAAGUCCAGCAGGCUGUGUCAGAUCGUGUGCCCGAGGCGCAGAUAUUGGAUCUCUCCAAUCGCUUCUACACGCUGAUUCCUCAUGACUUUGGCAUGAAGAAGCCUCCACUGCUCAAAACCCUGGACUACAUUCAAGCUAAAGUUCAGAUGUUGGACAACCUGUUGGAUAUUGAAGUGGCGUACAGCCUGCUGAGAGGAGGAGCCCAGGACAACGAAAACGACCCCAUCGACAUCAACUAUGAGAAACUCAAAACCAAGAUUGAGGUUGUUGACAAGACGUCAGAUGAGGCUGAGGUCAUUGUACAAUACGUCAAGAACACCCACGCUGCUACACACAAUACGUACACGCUGGAAGUGCAAGAAAUCUUCAAAAUCGUACGAGAGGGAGAGCAGCAGCGGUACCGUCCAUUCGAGGAGCUACACAACCGUCAGCUGUUGUGGCACGGCUCUCGCACCACCAACUACGCCGGUAUUCUGUCUCAGGGUCUUCGUAUUGCUCCUCCAGAAGCUCCAGUGACUGGUUACAUGUUCGGCAAAGGUGUUUACUUUGCUGACAUGGUUUCCAAGAGUGCAAACUACUGUCACACCUCCCAGUCCGACCCUGUAGGCCUCCUGCUGCUGGCCGAGGUUGCUCUGGGCAACAUGCAUGAGCUGAAGAAGGCUUCUCACAUUACCAAAUUACCUAAAGGCAAACACAGUGUUAAAGGUUUGGGUAGAACUGCUCCAGAUCCAGGCGCUGCUGUCGAUUUAGAAGGAGUGCAAGUGCCUCUGGGAAAAGGAGUCCACACCAACAUUGAAGACACAAGCCUACUGUACAACGAGUACAUUGUGUAUGACGUCGCUCAGAUUCACAUGAAGUAUCUCCUGAAGAUCAAGUUCAACUACCAGACGUCUCUGUGGUGAGAAAAAAGGCCGCGAUCGGUGAAAGAAAAGAAAAAAAGACCAGUGUUGCCUCCAAAUGCACCCAGGCUUCAUUCUCUGCAACAGAACAUGUUUGGAAAAGGAGCGAUGCCACACCACGCUCUACAACGGUCACUUUAUUGCUUUGUCUUCAGGUUUAUUAGCAGGCAGUCUUCCAUAGUUGUGCGUUAGGUACUUAAAAACUUUCUGACUUGCUCGUAAAGACAGUAGUUGAAGCACAGUGCACACAAAAGGUUAGGAGAUAAACUUCUGUAACAGUUCGUAGCUCUCCGUCUCACAUGGUAACUGUUAAUUUGAAAAGCAUCUUGUGUUGUCAUUCUUUAAUAAACCCGUAGUUAAAACGGCAUAGCACCACAGAUUCAGACUGAAUUUGGAGUUGUGAGCAACCAAUCUGCAGACCAACGUUUAUGUUCUUUUUUUUGCUCUGUGAAAUAACCACUAAGAUGCACAUUUUGUAGACCGUUGGAUAAGGAGAUACUGUAUAGGCUUUUACACGUGUAUAUAUAUUUGUUUUUGUUGUUUCUGUCUGAGGCCGUCUUUCUUGCUUUAAAAAAAGAAAAAAAAAAGACAUUGCAGUCAGUGUUGAUGCGAAGUAUUCUGUAAAAGACACAACUGCCAUGCUACAUGUUUCAACUUUUUUUUUUAGUCUUUUUCUUGCUUACCUCAAACAAAAUAAAACAUCCUGAAAAAAUUCCA